AUGUACUCUCCUCCCUAUUCGAUCGGCGGCCACCGCAGUAUCUCCCACGAGAACCGUUCUGUUUCCCGCGAGAAUCGUUCCGUCGCCCGCCAAAUCACCCGCCAACUCUCACAAGACAGAACUCCUCGCAACAUGUCCCACGUCACCUCCCACAGAAGCUCCUCCCAGUCCUACGGCAACUCCAAAGACGCUUCGCGCAGCGACCCCCGCAGGCGAUCCCAUAGCAUCUCCCACCAGGUCUCCCGCACAAUUUCUCAUGAUCCUACCUGCGACAUCUGCAACGACGCCACGUCUUGCGACAAGUGCAGACAAGGCUCCGUUGGCACUUCUCACAGCUCCUCCAGCGAUGUCUCCCGAACCUUCUCCCACACCAUGCCGCAGAGCACCUCCUACACCACCUACAGCGGCGGUGACUCACGCAUCGGCUCGGGCGACUUUUCCAAGAGCUUCUCUCAGAGCCUUCUCUAUGGCGGCUCUUCGCACAAGGACCAUGAAGGUUCCUCCAACGAUGCCUCGAACGCGAUGGCUGAGAGCUAUUCACGCGACUUCCCACAGAGCACCUCAUACGCCACUCGCGGAGGGAACUCCCAUCACGACUCAACCGACUUCUCCCAGGGUAGACGUCAGAGCUUCCUUCAGAGCUUUCACAGGUCAUCUUAUGACGGUCAUGGAGAUGUUCCCAAGGCAUUGAACUUUGCCCCCAAGAGUUCAUCGCAUAUGGUUUCGGAGAGCUUUUCGCCCGACCUGCCUCAAAGUCCCUCCUGGGAGAUUCGGACCGACUUCAAUCCUCACGGCUCUGGCAACAACGAUACUUCUCAUGAAGCCUGCUGUGAUAUUUGCAGCGGAGGUUCCAGUAGUUCCUCCAAUGAGGCAUCUAACCACGUCACUCACGUCGCCCGCGAUGGAGGUGGAGGUGGUGGAGGCGGCUUCUACGAGGACUGGAGUAAUCACUCUCAUCGACCGCAAAGCCCGACCCACGACAGGGCCCAUAACAUCUCUGGUAUCAUCGUUGGGGAUAGGUCAAACAAGGUGACCGGAGAUGCACACAAGCACAAGACCAGGGAUGUCGACGGACCCACGAGCAACACAUCUGGCAAAGUGUCCACCACGACGCACACCACCUCCAACAACGGGACCCCCAACGUUUCUGGCAAUACCUCUACCCAUGGGCACCAUAAGAGACAUGAUGGUCCCCAUGGAGUCUCCAGAGACGUCACCAACAACAACUCUCGCGAGCAAACCGACGGAGGUCAUGUUGUGCACCACAAUCACGAGCAUAGACCUAGUCCAAAAGGCUUUCUUCAAGGCAUUACCGAGGAUGGCGAGAGUACCAGAAGUCACAGCAAUGAGUCUCACAGCCAUCACCAUCACCAUUCUAAGCAUAGCCACAGAGAUGGUGGGCACAACACUGUCUCGGGUAACCCCGGUUCUGAGCGUAACAACACGACCAUCAGCCACCACAACGUCCCGGGCAGCAACACCCACGAGCAUGGUCAUGGUCACAAUCACGGCAGUCACACCAUCACCAACACUAGUAGGCAGAAUGAUACGACCAAUAGCCGCAACGAGGUCCCCAGCAACAGCUCUAGCUCUCAGCGUGGACAUACUCACGGUGGCCAUACUAUCAUCAACAACAGCUCGGCGACUAACGACACUACUAGAAGCUACAAUGACGUCCCUGGCAACAACACCCGCCCUGAUGGGCAUAAUCACAACUACACCAACACCGAUACCAGCUCUUGGAACAAGGACACAACCAAGACCCAUCACAAUGUUCCGGGCAAUGACCCAAGCCCUGAUCAUAUUCACGGUGGCUACACAGUCAUCACCAAUAGUUCUGGUGGGGGUAAGGAUAGACCGAGAAGCUAUCAAAUUGCCCCGGGCACCACCUCUAUCUUAGAGCAUGGGCACAACGGCAAAACCACCACGACUACUAGCUCUGGGAAUCCCAAAAUCACAGGCAGCCACAAGGAUAUCACUGGAGACACUCCCCACCCCGGAAAACAUCAUCAUACCCCAAGCACAGGUCUCAAUGGCCAUCCUCCUGUCCUACACACGACAGAGCCUACUAUCCCUCAGAAGCCAUCUUCCCCAGUGCCUCCUCAGUUGGCACUACCUCGAGAAGUCCCUCAGCCGGCAACUUCUCGCCCUUCAACUUCUAAAGGAGUACCUUCUCUACCACCAAUUUCUCAAUUAACAGCAUCCCGAGAAGUCCCUCCUCAACCAUCGACUUCAUACCCUUCAACUUCUCAAAGGGUACCUUCUCAACCGUUGGAUUCUCAACCUCCAACUUCCCAAGUACCAUCGUCUCAGGCGCCACCUCAAGCAGUCGCCAUGCAAAGAUCAACGGGACCGCCACCUCAAGGGCCGCCCCAAGAGCCUCCUACUCAGCCCCCAGCUCCUCGAGGACAGCCCCUAGGGUCCCCACCCCCAGGAACCUCCUCACACUACGUUCCUGAGAAGGAUCCCUUCAACGGCCCAACUUACAGUGAGACCAGCCAUGACCACGGAGAAUCAGACGAGCACCGCCGAGUAGGCAAACCCAUCACCCGCCAUGGCUGGCGACGCUUCCUCCACGGAUGGAUGAUACACAUCCCCGCCAUCAUCUUGACCGCCAUCAUCCUAUGGCUUGCCUCGAGAGAACGCUACUGGUACGGCUUGACAGGCCCCAGCAGGGUCCGCCUGAGCCCCAAAGGCGUCGAGGUUUUUCUUUUGUUUGCCUUCAAGAUCUAUGAGAUCUUCCUCAUUCUCUCACUCUCCGCCAUGGCCAUCAGCAUGUUCCGCCGCAGACUUAUCGGUGGCGGCGUUCGUCUUGGCUUUCUCACAGGGGCCUAUCGCGUCGGUGACUUUCGCUACAUCUUCUCGCUACCCUUCUGGCGUCACGGCUUUCUCAGCCUCUCAUUCUGGGAGAUGAUGCUUGCCCUCUUCGUCCUCUUCGCAACCAUCUUCAGCCUCCUCUUACUGCCUGCCGCCGGCGCCUUGCUUCUCCCAUCACUCCAGUGGUACGGGAUGAACCACAACAAGGCUUUCGGAGGCGUCAGCGCACCGCUCCUGUACCAGACACAGCCCGACCAGGUAUGGCCAACGCUCUUCACCGACGGCGCGCCCUGGAACAACACGCCGGUCUGCGUCGAGGCCGAGGGCAUCUACAACGCCGCCUGUCCCGCCGGCGGGUUCACCACCGUCUGGAAUUGGGCCAAGGGCUACUCUACGACCGGCCUGCAGGACACCGUCUCAUUCUCCAGUCCCUCGACGAAUCUCAGCCGUCAACUGAUGGUCACCGAGGUAACCGCCGAUUCUGACACGCGGGAUCCGCCUGUGUUGUCGACCACCCCGUCCCACCACUUCAACAUCAACUUCGGCCUGGUCAAGAACUACAUCGAGAACGGGAACACCAUCACUGAAGAUGACUCCCAGUACCGCCUCAGCACCCGACGGGUCAACGCCCAAAACCCGGACUCGAGCAGCCCAAUCUACCAACCCUUCAUCCAGUCGCUGUGCAAUGUCGUUCCCAAGUCAGACGUCAUCGCCAACAACGGCUCGCUGGUGUACCCGAUAUCAUCCCUCAACUGCUUCGGCGACGCCACCUGUCUGCAGAUGAAGCGCGCAUCACCGGCCCGCUCCCUCGACGUGUCCGCCUGGGACUCGGAAGAAUGCCACCUCCAGCUCAUCACCACCGACUUCUUCGUCUUCCAGAACGGCACGCCCAUCAUCGAAGUCGCGGGUCAGCUCCCUGACGUCAACGGCGAUUACCGCAAAGACCGUCUCUUUUCGUGCACAAUGCUGGCAACCUGGGUUGCCGCCGACGUCUCGACCGACUCGAGCGAGUGCGGCGGGCUGGUAUCUGACCUGAACGACCCCGAGGCCAUGAUCGAGACCUACCAGAAGACGUCUUUCAACGGGAACUCGGGGGGGUACGUGAUGAAGUUCGACCCGAGCUGGUUCCAGUACCUCUCCCCAGUCUCCUUCGCCUCUUCCGUCGCCUUCAACGGCUCCGAUGCGCUGCGGUACUACAACCCGCCAGAGAGUCUCGUGCGCAACUUCGUCGACGCAGAGGUCGCGCAGAACAUCACGAACCCCAGGAUCACCAACAGCACCAUCGACUCCGCGCGCGCCGAGGUGUUCCUGGCCAAGGUGUUCGGCGUGUACCUCACCGACGCCAUCGCGCGUACUGGAUCGAGCAGCACGGCGCUGAUACGCUCGGAAUCGGGUCAGUCGGCGAACCAACUCCCGGUGGCCAACUCCAACGUCCAGUCCAAUGUCCAUUUCAACAUCAAGGGAGGCACUCCCGCCAACGAGACCACCGGGCCGACGGUCGUGAAACACAUCAACGCCCGCGCCGCGCAAGAUGACCUCCUCUCGGAAUCGAUGGGCUUUGACUUUGGCGUCGAGAGAUACGGCUGGGGCACCGGCAAGCCGUCGCGGGCACUAGAGUUUGGCAAGGCGAUCCUGUACAUGUACCUUGCCGUCCUCAUCAUGUACCUGCUCACGAUCGUUGGUGGUCUUCUCUUGGAGAUGUGUGGCAUGUGGCCGCACAUGCGUGUGCUGAGCAUUGCUCCCUGGUGGGAUCUGCAGGGAUUGCUGGUCCUCGCGAUGAGGACGCCGCCGCCGGGAGACGGAGAUUUUGUGGAUGCCGGAGCGGGAGUUACCUCGUCUCACGUGUGGAGGAAGAGGGUGAGAGCGAUGGCGGACCUCGAGCACAACGUUCAGUUGGUGUACAACGACGAUACGGUCAGGGAUGAGUUGGACAAGACUGGGAAAGUGAAGUAUUUCUAA